AUGUUUGCCGACGGGAUGCUGCAGCAAAGCAGUCUGGGAAACAAACGGGGCAUAUCAUGGUUCUCCAACUCACAAUUCUUUCCAAUGGGAUCAGGUCUCAGAUCUGACUCAGUUAAGAGAGACUCAGAGAGCUCUAUCAACUCUGACCCAGAAUACAUCAUGCAGCUUGUCGGCGAUGUACGGAAAUUUGCAGAUAUGCUGUUUCACCUUAAGGAGGCAUUCUACUCUAAAGAGCAUCAGGACUGUCUUCACCAGGUGGUACAUGAGCGUCUGGGAGAACUUCUUCGGGUGUUAAAAUAUGUGAUUGGUAAACACCCGGCACUAAACUCAGUGGACAUCCUUUCUGCGGCAGGCACGCUCAUCGCCAAAGUCAAAGGUGUGAACUUCAAAGAAGUGAAUGAGGACAACAAGCAGGAGCUGUUCAGUGAGAUCUACUCCUCCAUAGACACGCUGGCUUUCACCUUCGGCAAUGUAGUGUCGGACUUCCUUAUGGGUGAUGUAGAGAAUGGAUCCUCUUUGCGGCUCACCCAGACCCGCAGGAGCAGGUCUUCAGAGAACCUAUCAGUAGACUCAGGUGGCGGUAGUUUGGACAAAAAUGACUCUCCAGAUCUUGUGUCCCCUAUCCGAGUGUUGGAGGUUGAUGACGUGCUCCAGCAAUCUGACAGUGGAGUGGAGUCAGCCUUGCUUUACGCCAAAGCCUGGUCAAAAUACACAAAGGAACUGCUCAACUGGGUUGACAAGCGCCUCACCAUGGAUGUGGAGUGUGCUAAAAGCCUAGCCAAAAUGGCUGAAUCAGCAAAGACACUCACCAGUCAGCAGGAGCAAAUGCCGUUCCGGGAUAUUUACAUAUCUGCUUUUAAGAAUGAUAUUGACUACAGCCAUGUUCUGCUCCAAACAGCGUCUGUUUUGCAAGCUAAUAAGUUCAUGCAGCCGCUUUUGGCUCGAAAGAAUGAGCUGGAUAAACUGAGGAAGGAGGUGAAGGAGCAGUGGCAGAGGGAGCAGAAGAAAACGCAUGAUGCUGAGAGUGCUCUGAAAAAGGCUCGCUUGUUAAAGGAUCAGAGGCAGGAGGAGUAUGAGCGAGCGCGGAAUUCAACCAGCAAAGCCGAAGAGGAGCAGCUUGGAGCUGGAGGCAAGCAGCUGGAAAAAAGACGCAGACUGGAGGAUGAAGCCCUGCAGAAGGCAGAAGAAGCUAGAGAACACUAUAGGCACUGCAUCACCGAAAUGGACGUUAGGAGGAUUGAUAUGGACAAUAUCAAGAGCGACGUCAUCGCCCAGAUCCGAGCCCUGAUCUUCCAGUGUGACCUGACUCUCAAAGCGGUGACUGUAAACUGGUUUCAGAUGCAGCAGGCUCAGGCUGUCUCUCUACCCGUGAACAACCAAACCCUGUGUGAAAGUGCUAAACUGUAUGAGCCUGGGCAGCGCUACACUGAGUUUGUGAAGGGUCUAGUCUUAGACAGGACCAGAGCUGAAUCCUUCUCAUUCGAUCAGACUAGGACUCUGGGUGCUGGGUCUCCGCUGACUAAGAGGUCUAUUAGCACCAGUCUGUCGUCACAGGGGAACCUUUCCCAGGUUUCCAUUGGCUCAGGAGAGUUUCUGAGCUCGGAUGAGGUAGACGCUCCCGUACCCACACGCAGCGGGAAGAUUUUAGAGAGGCACUCUCACAGCAGCUCUGACAUCCAAGCUCUGAGGAUCCAGGCUCAGUUUAAGUCCUGGUCAACAGCGGGCCUGGGAGGAAGCAUGUGCAGUGACUCGGAGAGCGCUGGGGGCAGCAGUGAGUCUCGCUCUAUGGACUCACCUCCUGCCAGUCCAGGGGAUUUUAAGAGGAGGCUUCCCAGGACUCCCUCUACUGGGACAAUGUCCUCAGCUGAUGACCUGGACGAGAGAGAGCCACCUUCACCUUCUGAUAAUGGUCUGAGCGAGAUGGUAACAGAGACAGCCAGUUCUCCCGGACCUUUCCGUAAUGCCCAGAUGUCAAAGGCAGCGCAGACACACAAGCUGCGGAAGCUACGAGCACCGUCGAAGUGUAGAGAGUGUGACAGCCUGGUGGUGUUCCAUGGCGCUGAGUGUGAGGAGUGCUCUCUGGCCUGCCAUAAGAAGUGUUUGGAGACUCUGGCUAUUCAGUGUGGACAUAAGAAGCUGCAAGGGAAACUGCAUCUAUUUGCUGUGGAUUUUGCCCAGGCAGCAAGGAACAGUCCUGAUGGGAUUCCCUUCAUUAUUAAGAAAUGCACUUCAGAGAUUGAGAACAGAGCUCUUGGUAUUAAGGGAAUCUACAGGGUAAACGGGGCCAAAUCUCGUGUGGAGAAACUGUGCCAGGCUUUUGAGAAUGGCAAAGACUUGGUGGAGCUGUCGGAGCUGUACCCUCACGACAUUAGCAAUGUGCUGAAACUCUACUUACGCCAGCUUCCUGAGCCACUCAUCCUCUUCCGUUAUUAUAACGACUUCAUUGGACUGGCGAAGGAGGGUCAGAGCAUCAUUGUGGAGGAGGUGGAGACAUCUCCCUCUGGUUACUCAUCGGAUCAUCCUCAGAUCAGCGUUGAGCUCAAACGUGUCCUCUUCAAAAUUAAAGAUCUCCUUAAACACCUGCCAUUGGCCCAUUACAAAACCUUGCAGUUCCUUAUGCAGCACCUGCACAGAGUGACAGAGAAGGCUGAGGAGAACAAGAUGACCGCCAGUAACCUUGGUAUCAUCUUCGGGCCGACUCUGAUCAAGCCUCGCCAGACAGAUGCUGAGGUGUCUCUCUCCUCUUUGGUGGACUAUCCAUACCAGGCACUGAUCGUCGAGCUGCUCAUCAGGCAUUAUGAUUUGAUUUUUGAUUCUCCAGUCAGGCCAGUGGAUGAGAGAUCACCUUCGUCAGUCAAAUCCCGCUUUACCGCUCAUGAGAAAGAACAGCGUCUGAGCCGCCACUCCAAAUCCCUGGUGGACAUCAAGGAGCAACACCAAAGUGCCAAAACAUAUAAGAGGCACUCCUCUGUUAUCCCCUCUAUACACCUGCUGGAAGAGGUGAAGGAAGUGAAAGCAUGCCCUGACGAGAAGGACUUUGCUCCUGUUGAGUCAGAAAACAUGAAUGGCGUCCUGUCCUCCAGUGCGCUGGAAGUUCGGAGCUCACCCAGUCUGAGUAGACGGAACCACGUCAGCCGGGUACAGCUUCGGUCACGACCCAGACUCAGCUCUCGGCCUGUCAGCAUGCCUCCGGAACAGCUCUUGAACGCCAGGAACUCAACCCAUGACCUGGUCAAACAUCGCGACCCUGCCCUCGAAGAGGUUUCUGAAGAGGAGAAGCCCAAAGGCAGGGCUGCCAAUCAUUACAGGAAUACAUAUAUCAAUACGCACACACUGCGCAGAACUUGGGAUAAGCAGUACAAGAAUUAUGGUAUCACGUCUCGGACGGAUAUGAUCAUGACUGACCUUCCAGCCCAAACGGAGACGAGCUGCACUGAACUGCUGUCCACUUCGGCACCGCCAUAUUCAAUUGCUGUGCAGGGAGAUGGUGAUGCAGUGGGAAACAUACGUGUCUUAAAUGCAUUUAGACCCCCUCGGACUCUUCAGCCUCCUCCUGGGACCUUCUAUAAACCGCCAAUGAACCGGGAAAAAACAGUAGAGGACAAAACAUUACCUGAUAAAGGGCUUGGGGAAUCCUCUGUAAUAAAGCAGCAAGUUAUAAACGCUAACAGCAUUGAGGACGAGGAAAAAGGAGUGGACGAGGAAGAGGGGGUGGAUGAGGAAGAGGGAGUGGAUGAGGAAGAGUUUGGCCUGGAAGUCUCAGUAGACGAUGAUCCUUCCAAUGAUCCACAGACAGUGGAAAACCAGACUAAACCAUUUUACCCCAGACUCCAUGCUCGAUGCAUGCAGGACUUUGAGAACAGAGAAGCCCACUUUGUAUAAUCAGACAUCAGGACUGGGCAUCAGCAAGUGUGUAAAUACUAUAAGAACUAUCAAGACCCAAUGAAGUGUUUUUAUAUAAGCUUUAUAUACAGUG